AUGACAUCUUCACCGACGGCCACCGCUGGGGAGACUGACGGCUUCACGCCGUUCUGGGCCGUGAUCGAUCACCAGGGCGUGCUCGAUGUCGAGCGCAAUCCCGACGUCUUCACGAACGGGCCGCGGCCUGGACUCCGAAGCGAUGAGCAGUUCGAGCAGAGCGAGUCCGACAGCAAAACGCUGCUCAGCAUGGACGCCCCCGAGCACACGAAAUACCGCAAGCUCACGAGUGACUGGUUCAAACCGGCGAGCGUGCGGCGCCUCGACGAACGGCUCGAAGAGCUCAGCGCCGGGGCGAUGACAACUCUGGCUGAACGCGGCGGCGAGUGCGAUUUCGCGACCGAGAUUGCACAGCCCUACCCGCUGCAGGUGAUUCUCGAAAUGCUGGGCAUGCCGCGCGAGGACUUUGGCCGCAUGCAGACCUGGACUUAUGAGCUGUUCUUUCCCGACGACCCUGACCUCCAACGGGAACCUCCGUCGGAAGAGGCUCGCUCCCGACUUCGGCGCGAGGUCUUCGGGUACUUCUCGGAGCUGACGGCGUCGCGCCGGUCGAACCCGACCGGCGAUCUCGCCAGUGUGAUCUCGAAUGGGCUCAUCGACGGUGAAUCGCUGCCCGAUCUUGAGACGUUGAGUUACUACCUCGUCAUCGCUACCGCCGGUCACGAGACGACGAGUUCCGCGAUGGCGGGUGGCAUGCACGCGCUCGUCGACCAUCCGGAACAAUUGGCCCGGCUCCAGAGCGACCCGGUCCUGCUGGCCAACGGGGUAGAGGAGAUCCUGCGCUGGACGGCACCGGUGCGUCAUUUCAUGCGCACCGCUCGGGAAGACACCGAACUGUUGGGGCAUGAGAUCAAGGCCGGGGAUUGGCUUUAUCUGUCGUACAAGGCUGCGAACCUCGAUCCGAAGGUCUUCGAGGACCCGCUCUGCUUUGACAUCAGCCGAGCCAACGCCGAUCGUCACAUCUCGUUUGGCUUCGGUGCGCACUUCUGCCUGGGAGCGCAGUUGGCGCGGAACGAGCUGCGGUCGUUGUUCAGCCAUGUGCUGCCACGCCUCGAGUCGGUCGAGCUGGCUGGGGACCCAGCAACCAUGAAGACCACAUUCGUCGGCGGCUACAAGUCGCUGCCACUUCGCUACACACUGACGCCGACCCGAGCCGUCGGCUAA